GUUGAAGUUGUUUACAAAUGGAGGAUAACUCGCUAUCUUGCAAGUGGUUUCGACUGAAUCCUACACAGCCAGCGUAAAAUUGUGUUUCCAGACAGUGUGAGUCUGUGGUGGAUGUGUUCCUCAAGUUAAACCAGUUUGACAAGUCUCCACUAGCUCUAGCAGCUAACGGUACCAAGUCAUAUCAUGGGCUUCCAGUUGAAGAUGGUGUUGCCCCAAACACAUGCAGUAUGAAUACACACGGAACUCCCCAGGCGCCAGGGGACACUAGUAAUGGCAGCCACCUUCCUGAGUCACGAACCUCCUUCCAAUCCAGCACUCCCAGGACUGUCAUGUCUUCUACUGCUGGAGACACAGCUCAGUCCCAAGAGUGCCACAUGUUCCAGAGCUCUGAACAUGCCCCUAAAUGAACAUGAUGUCAGAGAGAUGGAGCUUCUGCAGCAACUAAGUCAGUCCGACUCUAUCAGUGAGGAGUUACAGUAUCAUGCUGCUGCAUCUUCCUUUGAAGACCUUGAACCCCAGAUGGCCUCCACACCUGUAAAAGGAGGGAGAAAUGUAUCCAUGACUAAGAUGCUGAUGAGUUCGGGUCAGUUUGAUAGUGCUCUGGAAUUGCUGACAAAUGACCCUAGAGAUGAGACAGAAAGACUCCAUGAGGACAGCUCAGUGGAAAAUGAGAAACUUAUGUCCCAAUACACACCUGUGAGAGAGAGCCUGCACAAUACUAGGCAAGAAGCUGAAAAGGAGAGUAUUUAUUCAAGUGUUGAGAUCAUUGAAAAAUACAGUGGGCCUGGUGCUCUAACAGAUUUUGUAAAUCCAUAUAAAAUUGGCGUUAGGUCCAGUACAGAAUCAAAAGAUUUAGAUCAGAAUGACAGUAGCAAGAAUGUUUCGCAUGAUAAAAGUACUGCAGUCAACUCAGAAGUAAGCAUGUCAGGUGUUACAUCACAAGAAUGUACUGGAGAUGAUCCUGAAACUGGAAAUAGAGAUGGUUUUGUUUUUCCAAACACAGCUUUGGAAAAAUUACAAAAAGAAAGUGAUGAUUCCAUACCUCUGCAACGGCAAGGGAGUAAACUGAAGUUAAAGACACUAUCUAGCACUGAUGUCACAAACAUAAAAGAUACUGAAAGCUCAGACAAAGCACAGGCUGCCAUGGCAAUUGUAUCUGAUGUCCCGAGCCCUGUCACUCCCAAAGAAAGUGGAAACACAGGCAGGACUGCAGCGGUUCAAACUUCUAAGUUGUCAAGUACAAUGCAAUCCACAGACGAAAGUUCCAGCAGCAAAUGUCCGGUUGAUCCUGCUUUAACAGAGAUGAUAGAGUCACCAGCUUUAACAGAUACCUCGAAGAGGAGACCAUCUGUUGGAAGUCAUUCUGUUGGCUACAUCCCUAUUGUUCAUUAUCCAAAUAGAUGUCCAAGAAGGAUGCAGUCUGAAAAUUACUCCUCGUUUGAUCAUUCUCGAAGAGAGACUGUUGAAAAAACCCAGCCAGUUCAGGAAAACAAGACCGGUGUUGAUGAUAAUGAAAUACAAGGUCAAAUCUCAAAAAGGACCAACGUCUCUCCUGAGGUUGAAAAGUUGAAGAAAGUAAAACUCCUUGAAGUCAAGAUGGAUAGUACAGAAAGGAAACCAGGCAAAACAGAUGUCACAAAUCCUAAGACAUUUCUUGAAGGUGAGACGCAGGAUGUCAGGUCAGGAUCUUAUACCAGUGAUAAAGUCGUAAAUAACAAUUUGAGUGAUAUAGAGUUAGGUGCUAAUAUUGGUGCACAGGCUAAUAAAAACAUGGCUUCCACAAGGUUUGUAAAAAUUCCACCAACAGGUGCUGCAAUUGGUUUACGGCCUAGUUUGGGGGAAUACAAAAGUCCAGAAAUGAUUCUACGUGAGAAGCAACGUAAACUGACAGAGAAAAUGCUAUUUGCAAAUGAGGGACCCUCAUCAAAACCACCCGUGAUAAUUUCAUACUGGAAGAAAGGUGACAAGGUGGUGUCACCUCUUGCAAAACCUGGAAGUUCAGAAAAUCAUAAGUGCAACGAACGUGGGUUCACACAUAAUGCUAGCCCUGGUAACAGUAGCCAUAGCAGCAGAUCAGAUAUUUCAGGUGUUGAUGUGCAUCCCGAACAAUCUGGCUCUUACGAUCCAGAAGGUAAACUCCAAAUGCUAGAAUCUUUAGUGUCUCAUUACAGUGGUGAAAAGUAUGAUACUCCCCUGGCACGUCUUCAGAGACAUGUGGACAGGAUGAGGAACACUUCACAGGAAAGUUUCAAGCAAGAAGAAAAAAGAUUUAAACAUGACAGUACAACAUCAAAAUAUGCAGCUGAUGAAUCCGCAAGAUCUAAUGCUAAUAUCAUUCUUGAUGAAACACGGGAUACAGAUGGAAUAACUCAAAAGCACUUAGAAAAGGAUUUUGAAAUCUCAAGACAAAUAUUCAACAACAGAGAUGAAUGUAAGGGUAGUUCUGAAAGAUCAGAUAGUCAAGGAGAAAUAACACAAAGAAACAUUUCAUUACCAAAGAAAUACAAUCCAAUUAAGUACCCAAUAGAUAAAGAUGAAAAAAAGUUAGAACAGACUGAUAGUGCUGCUAGCACACCAGAGUAUACAACCCCUUCUAAGUUAUUACAAAAGUAUCAAGAGAGGGAAGGCGUUCGAGAGAAAAGUCCUGGAUAUGACAAGGCAAUCUGA